AAUAGCGUUCUGGAAUGUGGCCGGAGUGAGAAACAAGGAUAAAGAUUUUUGGCAAAGAAUAAAAGAAUGGGAGAUAAUAGUAAUGAUGGAAACGUGGUUGGAUAGAAAGGGAUGGGAAAGAAUUAAGGGGAAACUUCCAAAGGAAUAUACAUGGAAAGUGCAAGAGGCAAAAAGAAGGAAUAGGAAAGGGAGGGCAUGCGGUGGUAUGUUGAUGGGAAUUAGAAAAGGAAUGGAGAUAGAAGAGGAAGAAGGAGAGGAGGAAGAAGGAAGAAUAAAGUGUGUGGUGAGAGUAGGAGGAAGGAAAUGGAGGAUAGUAGGAGUAUACGUGAAUGGAGAUAUGGACAGGAAAAUGGAGGGAGUGAAGGGAUGGAUGGAGGAGAGAGAGGGAGACAGGAGAACAAUAAUAGGAGGAGAUUUUAACGCAAGGACGGGGGAGGAGGGAGGAGGGGAGGAGGUGGAGGAAAACAAGGGGAUAGAGAAGGGAAGAAAAUCAAAGGAUAAGGUGGUAAAUAAGGAAGGAAGGAAAUUGAUACAGGUAAUAGAGGAAAGAGGAUGGCAGAUAUUGAACGGUAAUAUAAGGGGAGAUGAGGUAGGAGACUGGACGUAUACAGGAGGGAGAGGACAGACGGUGAUUGAUUAUGUGUUAGGAGAUAGAGAAGUGAGAAGCGACAUUGAAAAGAUGGAAACAGGGGAUGAAAUUGACUCAGAUCAUUUCCCGAUAAUAAUAUGGUUGAAGGGGGAAACGAAGAAGAGAGGAGAGAAAGUUAGAGGAAAGGAGGUGAGGAAGUUUAAAUAUUUGGGAUACAUGGUGCAAGGGAAUGGAGGACAGGAAGGACAGAUAAGGGAUAGAAGAAGGAAAGCAGCAGUAGCGAUGAGGGAAAUAUGGGGAAUAGGGAAAAGAAUGUUUGGAAAAGAGUGA